CUAGAGGUUAUAAAAGGGCUAACUGGCUCCCUCUACUGCCCAGUCGCGCCGCCCGCGGGCUGAGGGGAGGGAGCAGGUAUCCGGCCCCAGAGCAGGCUACCGGGGACUGAAGAACGCGCCGUCUCUUGCCGCCCCACUUCCCAGGUGUGUGAUCCUGAAAAAUUAAGUCUUCCAAGAUGAUCUGGUGGAUUUUAAUUGUAGGGGUUCUACUUCCCCAGUCUUUGGCCCAUCCAGGCUUUUUUACUUCAAUUGGUCAGAUGACUGAUUUGAUCCAUACUGAGAAAGAUCUGGUGACUUCUCUGAAAGACUAUAUUAAGGCAGAAGAGGACAAAUUAGAACAAAUAAAAAAAUGGGCAGAGAAGUUAGAUCGACUAACCAGCACAGCGACAAAAGAUCCAGAAGGCUUUGUUGGGCACCCUGUAAAUGCAUUCAAAUUAAUGAAACGUCUGAACACUGAAUGGAGUGAGUUGGAGAAUCUGGUCCUUAAGGAUAUGUCAGAUGGCUUUAUCUCUAACCUAACCAUUCAGAGACAAUACUUCCCUAAUGAUGAAGAUCAGGUUGGGGCAGCUAAAGCUCUGUUGCGUCUCCAGGAUACCUACAAUUUGGAUACAGACACCAUCUCAAAGGGUAAUCUCCCAGGAGUAAAACACAAAUCUUUUCUAACAGUUGAAGACUGUUUUGAGUUGGGCAAAGUGGCCUAUACAGAAGCUGAUUAUUACCAUACAGAACUGUGGAUGGAACAAGCACUGAGGCAGCUGGAUGAAGGCGAGGUUUCUACCAUUGAUAAAGUCUCUGUUCUAGAUUAUUUGAGCUAUGCAGUAUACCAGCAAGGAGACCUAGAUAAGGCACUUUUGCUCACAAAGAAGCUUCUUGAACUAGAUCCUGAACACCAGAGAGCUAAUGGUAACUUAAAAUACUUUGAAUAUAUAAUGGCUAAAGAAAAAGAUGUCAAUAAAUCUGCUUCAGAUGACCAAUCUGAUCAGAAAACCACACCGAAGAAAAAAGGGGCUGCUGUGGAUUAUCUGCCAGAGAGACAGAAGUACGAAAUGCUGUGCCGUGGGGAGGGUAUCAAAAUGACUCCUCGGAGACAGAAAAAACUCUUUUGCCGUUAUCAUGAUGGAAACCGGAAUCCUAAAUUCAUUCUGGCUCCAGCUAAACAGGAGGAUGAGUGGGACAAGCCCCGUAUUAUUCGCUUCCAUGAUAUUAUUUCUGAUGCAGAAAUUGAAAUUGUCAAAGAUCUAGCAAAACCAAGGCUGAGCCGAGCUACAGUACAUGACCCUGAGACUGGAAAAUUGACCACAGCACAGUACAGAGUAUCUAAGAGUGCCUGGCUCUCGGGCUAUGAAAACCCCGUGGUGUCUCGAAUUAAUAUGAGAAUACAAGAUUUAACAGGACUAGAUGUUUCCACAGCAGAGGAAUUACAGGUAGCAAAUUAUGGAGUUGGAGGACAGUAUGAACCCCAUUUUGAUUUUGCACGGAAAGAUGAACCAGAUGCUUUCAAAGAACUGGGGACAGGAAACAGAAUUGCUACAUGGCUGUUUUAUAUGAGUGAUGUUUCAGCAGGAGGAGCCACUGUUUUUCCUGAAGUAGGAGCUAGUGUUUGGCCCAAAAAGGGAACUGCUGUUUUCUGGUACAAUCUCUUUGCCAGUGGAGAAGGAGAUUACAGUACACGGCAUGCGGCCUGUCCAGUGCUUGUUGGAAACAAAUGGGUAUCCAAUAAAUGGCUCCAUGAACGUGGACAAGAAUUUCGAAGACCAUGCACCUUAUCAGAAUUGGAAUGACAAAUAGGCUUCCCUUCCUCUCCUGUUAUACUCUGAUAUGCACAUUGCCCAGUCUUCACUUUCCAGAGUUUACAAUUGACUAACACUCCAUGAUUGAUUUCAGUCAUGAACCUCAUCCAAUGUUUCAUCUGUGGACAAUCACUAACUUUGUGGGGUUUUUUCCUUUUGAAAGUAACACUAAAUCACCAUAUUGUACAUAUAAACCUUUAAAGUUCAGUUGGUAUCACAGAGGAUAAAACAAGGUAGAGUUAAAAAUGAGGAAUUUUUACAUUUCUAUCUUAAAGAACUUCUUGUUUGGCUAAAGAAAACAGUUUAAGCAUCUGAUUAUAGUAUUUCACUACAUCUCAGUGUUCAGGGGAUAGGCUAGAAUGGGCCAUGUGAUUAAGUAUGUGCCUAGGUAUUAGGUCUACCUAACCUUAUUUCUCUGGAUCUGCCUGAAGACUAGGAAUAAACUAGUCCUCAAAUCUGGGUUCCAUUUGAUGUUUGCCCCAUAUGCUAUUCUAAGUUGAUUUUUCUUCCUUUCAGAUCUUCUUAAAGAAAGUAUACUAUAUUUUCCCAGUCCCGUUCUUUUCUCAUAGCUCCUCUGUGGUGAAUUUAGUCUGGGUUAAAAUACUUUGCUUAAACAAAAAAUUUUAAUACAAAGCCCUGUAUAAUAUCAACACUGGGUCUUAACUAAAAUGAUCAUUAGCCUGUUUCCCCCCUUUUCAUAAAUGAUUUUGUCCAUAAAAUUUGCUGUUUUUCUUAGUGCUAAUACCUUGCCUCUUAUUCCUGCUAUAGCAGGGUGAUGAUGUUGGCAUUCUGAUAAAAUAUUGUGCCUUAGGAGACUGGAAAUUUUAAAAUGUACAAGUCCUUUUAAUGAUGAGGGAAUUGAUAAAAAAUAUUUUCUAAAAAGCCAAAAUGUUUGUUUUUCUCAAUUCUGAGAUGUAACAACAAUGACCUAUUUAUGAUCUUAAAUCUUUUUUUAAAAAUG